GGGAGGGGAGGAGCCGAAGGGACAGGAUCUGCUGCGGGCCACCGUUCAGGUGAAUUUCAACAUGGCUUCGGCCUCCUCCGCACACGGAGUCAGCUUGUUGCGUUUUCUGCGGCUGGUGGGGCAGCUUAAGAGAGUCCCACGGACGGGCUGGGUAUACAGGAAUGUGGAAAAGCCAGAGAGUGUGUCAGAUCACAUGUACCGGAUGGCGGUUAUGGCUAUGGUGACCAGAGAUGACCUCCUUAACAAGGAUCGAUGUAUACGCCUAGCCCUGGUUCACGAUAUGGCAGAAUGCAUCGUUGGGGACAUAGCACCAGCAGAUAACAUCCCCAAAGAAGAAAAGCAUAGGCGAGAAGAGGAGGCUAUGAAGCAGAUCACCCAGCUGCUGCCAGAGGACCUCAGGAAGGAGCUCUAUGAACUCUGGGAAGAAUAUGAGACCCAAUCUAGUGCAGAAGCCAGAUUCGUGAAGCAGCUGGACCAGUGUGAAAUGAUCCUUCAGGCAUCAGAAUAUGAAGACAUGGAGAAUAAACCUGGGAGGCUUCAAGACUUCUAUGAUUCCACAGCAGAAUUCAGGCUGUCGUAAGUGCAGCCCACGAAGUCACAGCCAUGCUCUACUGACCUUGAAGUAUGGACCGAAUGGACGCUGUGCUGUUCAAGCAUCUGCGUGAGUCAUACCCCAUUACUUUGCUUCCCUCAUCAGCUAUCUCCAAGUGACUGGGAUGUCUUGGUCAGACUGACCUCCAGAUCCUCCCCCUGCUAUCCAUGACUCUUGCUUACAUUAGUCCCAUGAAUGAUUUUCCAAUUCCCACCCGUACCCCUGCACAAUCUAUUACAUAAUCGAAUGGAAAUGAUCCAUAAAUGUGCGUCAGCCCAGGCUAUUUCCUGAUUCAAACUUUCCAGUAGCAUCUAAAGCCCUUGGCAUUGAGUUAUCACUUGCCCUAGAGGCCUUAGAGGCUCACAUACAGCACACUGCAGACAGCCUAGACUUUCUUGAGAGAUAACUGUCAAGUUGGAAGUGUAGGCCCCAG